GGGCAGGUGCACCUCGACGGCGCGGCCAUGCCAGCCUCGUGGGACGUCUCUGGCAUUCCUGCACAUCUGGAAGAGGGCACAGGAGGCCGCCCGAUGCUUAGGCAAAGGUCUGGGGCAGCCAGGCCCUGCCGCCCCCAGGCGUAAAUCCCUGGAAAGAGAAGAUGGCCCAGAGGAGCCCAAACUUCUCCACCCUCGGACCAACUGAAAGACGGAUCCGGAACUUCCCGCUGCACAGCCAGGCCCUGACAGCGGUUCCGCUGGGCUCGGCCCGCCUGAUGGACCAGCUGGAGGACCGAAUCCUCAGCCAUGAGAAGACCACGGCAGCCCUGGUGGAGCAUGCCUUCCGCAUCAAGGAGGACAUUGUCUCCACGCUGCACCGGAUGCAGAACAAGGGUGGCGGGGACCGGCUAGCCAGGCAGCUGCUGGAGGAGCAUAUCCGCAACAUCACUGCCAUCGUCCGGCAGCUGAAUCGGGACAUCGAGGCUCUGCAGGAGCAGAUCCGGGUCAGGGAUAACCUGAGUUACGGAACAAACUCGACCUUGAAGAGCCUGGAGAUGCGGCAGCUGUCUGGGCUGGGAGACCUUCGUGGACGGGUUUCCAGGUGCGACGCAGGGCUGGCCAGAGUCUCCGCUGAGCAUAAAGUCACCUACGAGAGACUUCAGAGCCUCAGUAAAGAGCAGCAAGCAACAAAAUUGGUCCUGGAGUCCAAAGUCAAAGAGACAGAAAUACAAAUUUCCCAUCUUUUGAGCAGAAUCGAACAAUCUGUGAUGCAACAAGACGCAAAGCUCAAGCUGGCCUACAAAGAGAGCAAUCAACAGCUCCAUCUUCUGGAGGCCAAGCUGCAGGAUGCCGUCGACCACCUCACCAGCCAGAUCUCCUCUGCCCGCAGCCAGAUGGAGCAGGAGCAGGGGCGCUUCGAGAAGAAGUUCCUGGAGAAGAUAGACCACCUUUUCCUUGCCGUCAAGGAGAAAAGUGAAGUGGACAGCAGGGCUCUGGAGAUGCAACUGAGCGAGAUCCACAGGAAGCUGCAGAAAAUGGAAGUCGGGCAGAAAUGUUCAGCCCAGGAACCGGAGGCCAAGCAGGCCGAGGACAGGAUGAGCGUUCAGCUCAGCAAACUCCAGUCCGAUUUCACUGAGGACAUCAAGGAAGUCAAGGCAGAGGUUAGCGCUGGACUCAGCACCAUCUAUGAGAGCAUCGGAUCCCUGCAGCAGGUCCUGGAAUCGAAAAUGAAACUGGACAAGGAGGAGCUGCAGAAGCAGAUCCAGCAGAUGAAGUGAGGGGCCUGGAGCUUGCAGGUCCAGCAGCCAGGGAGCAAACCGCCCUCCUCCCUUUGCUCCAACGGGAUGGACUCUUACAGUCUGGGCCGAGCGGCUGUGGGUCAUUUAGUGUAAAUAAGAAAUGCUGGGCGUGGCCAGACAAGCCUGCCCUUUGGAAGGGGAGCCGGACAGGACGAUGGCCAUGCCCUACUGGAUCUCAGCUCCCACCCUGGACUUUGGAAUUGGGCUUCCUCCAAUCAAGGGGACACCCUGCAUUGCCAUAAAUGUCGGCGUGCCAAAAGAUCUGGCCUCCUGAGCUGAUGGAAGAGACUCCAGAAUCCAGCUUGCUUCGCUUGAGCAAGACUGAGGUGGUUUGCGAGUGGCAAGCGGGUACCAGCCAGGCCAGGAAGUGCCACCCACCGCAGCCUCCCCUGGGCCAGAUUUUUGCCCUGCGGCUAGUGGCUCUCCGCACUUGACUGCUCCUUCGCCUUUCACCCCAACACCUGCCAGCCUUGAAGGUCUUAGGAGUGGGUGCAAGAAUGUCUCUUUGGGGAGGCUAGCUGUCGCCCACUUGCACUUCCACAUGGUCUGUGAACCCCACUCUUGCUCGGCGCCUCUCCCUACCGCUUCCCCCCAAUUCCCCUACGUUUUGAUCUUCUGAACGCCUCUGCAUAUUUCCUCUUCCAGCCCAGGUGCCCUCUGCCAGCCUCGUGCCCUCUGCCUCUGGCUCCAGUGCCACUGGCUUCCCUGCAGCUCUCGUGCCAGCCCAGCCAGCAUCCCCGUCCUCAGAUGCCCUCCCUCCCCUUCAUAGGCGUCUCAGCUGAUCCCUGCCUCCCAGCUCAGUGGGAGGAGGAGGCCGGUCUCUUCCCAAGCAGGACCUGCAUUGCAGGUAUGGCCAAGGCCUCCAGCCAUGCCGGCCACAAGCCUGACCCCCCCAAAGGCAGCCUCCCCUGCCCCAGCCAGAACGUGACCCUGCCGUCCGCAUCACCAGGCUGAGAGAGUCUCCUCCUCUCAGCUGUCCAGAGGACCUCCUGCCCUCCUCCGCUUCAAGGAUCCAGCCAGCCACAGGUACUGGGACCCCCUUAAAUGGCUAAACUCUCUUGGGUUGAAAUGCCCAGGCUCUCGCCCAGCCCCAUGGGGCCUUUGGGGGUCCCACUGACCGGGACACAGGAAGGAAGGCAAACAGAGGGUUUUUCCUUCCGAAUGCCGUGAGGCUUGGACCUCUCCCCAAAAUGGCUUGUCCGGGGGUUUCUCUACAGGAAACGGUUGGCUCUGCCUUCACCUGGAGCCCAUAGGUUUUUUGUACAAAUCUUUAAGCAAAGUGGCAUUUUCACAAAUCACACUCCUCACUUCCUUACACCUCUUUCUCAGUGCAUGUUCUGUCAAGGUAACAUUUUGGCUUUAUAACAUCUGAUGGUGGAGAAUCUUGCUAUGUUUUUCCUCAGAAUGUUGACCUCAUGCAGAUAUGAGCUAAGUGGGUAAAAUGUAGACUAUUGUAAUGGAAAGUCUGCACCAGAACUAGAUCCAGUCAGUGACAUUUCAGCCCCUUCUCCAAAUGUUUACCUGGGGUGGGGGCAUUGAAGAAAUAGAGGUUUAACCCUUUCCAUAAAAGCAAAAUGUUUAGCUUGGAUUCCAUCUGUUUCCCGCAUUAUAAGGGCUGUCCUCGCGUUGCCUUGGGCAGCCAGCCCUAAUCAGGCCUACAUGGCUGGGGACAUAUUCUGACAUUCAAGCAUGCUUGUUUAAUUGGAUUUCCUCUAGAAGGCCCUGGCUCCAAUACAAUGGCUAUGAAUCCAUGCAAAUGCGGUGGCUCACCUAAGGGGAGGAGCGUUGCUCAAGUGUGCUUCUCAUUUCAUUGCAGAGAUGCGGCAGCGCUGGCCAGCCCCCAAGACCCCAUUCCUUGCGCACGCUGAUUGCCCGUGGAGGAUGUGACCGAAGCCCCUUCCUCGCAACCAAAGAUUGAUCAGGAAGAAUGUCCCCCUUAUCCCCACUUGGCCAACUGUCUGGGGAAUCCUCCCUGCCCACAUCUGUUUGUGAGCCGACAGCCUGGGCAGUCCUCUGGCCAGCGAAUCUCCCUUUCUCUGGCAUUGCUUGGGAGGGGGAAUGGUCAUCUGGGAAUGGAUGCAGGGAUGGGGAGGGAAAGCUGGGGCUCGGUCAGCCUUGGGGCAAACCUGCUGGGCCUUCCCAGCAUCCUCUCCUGUUGGGGGGGGGGGGGGAUAGUUGCAUUUUGGCCUUUCCAGGGCAUGCCAAGCCUCAGGAGAAUACCAUCUGUGAUGAGAAGGUGGGCACCCCUUCCUUCCUUCUACUGCCAGCCUGGGAAGCAGACGGUGUGGCUGGGCUCCAGGCUGGGAGCCUUGCAGGAGGCCCUGGGUAGCCCAGGGAGGGCCCUGGGCAGCCUCUGUUCUGGCUUGCUCAAGGGACUGGCUGGCUGAGGAGGUGGCUGACAGCAUUAGCUGGGCAUCACGCUGUAUCUUUCCUCUGUUGGAAAGGCAAAUUAAAAAAAAAAAAAUCUGAAUUCAUCCACAAUAAUCACGAUGAGUAAAUUUCUCCAGGUAUUUCUUAAAUGUCUUUUUGAGAACAAAUACAUGUCUACAUUUAUGUAAAUUUUGGCUGCUUAAGAGACCCACAAGAUUGGCAAAACGCCCAGCAGACUUUUAUAAAUAAGGGCUCAACAACUGCUUGAUAAGUGUAAAAUUUUUAAUAGUGAAAAGGAAAUAUUGGGGAGGGGGGAUAGCGAUAUUUAUAGUUCUCAAGAGUGUUUUGCUGUAAACCUCCGUGCAAUUCCCCAGUGCUGCUGUGUAUAACCGCCAGUGGAUUCCCCGGCCGGGGCGUUUGGUCUGAACUCUGUUGGAAGAAUUUUUUAAGCUCUGAAUAAAAGUGAACGUUUAACGCUCCGAA